UUCAGAUUAACUUCGACCAGUUUUUGAACCGUGAGUUCUCCAAGGAAGGGCGAUUGAUUUUUAAGGAGUCAAGGCAGAACAAUUUCUUCACGAUCAAUAUUGCUGGGCUGGUAAGGCAAGACGGGGAACAGCCUGUUCCGCGUCCUGUGCGAUGGCGCGUUUGCGAGAGCCUGCAGUCCCCAUACAAUACCAACUUCUGUCCACUUGCAGCCUGUCUUUGUCUUUGACAGCGCAGGCCGAAGGUGAAACAAAGAUGAGGGUUGCGGUGAUUGGUGGGGGAGUGAGUGGCCUGGUUUCAGCUUAUAUCUUGGCCAAGGCCGGAGUUCACGUGGUUCUCUAUGAAAAAGAAGCUCACUUGGGUGGCCAUGCUCAGACCGUCCAUGUCAAUGGUGUCGAUUUGGACCUUGGAUUUAUGGUGUUCAAUGGAGUCACGUAUCCCAAUAUGAUGGAGCUUUUCGAAAACCUUGGAGUUAUUGUGCAAAGAAGCGACAUGUCCUUCUCAGUGAGUUUGGAUGAAGCUACCUUGAGCAACAUGAGAACAACCUUGACCUUGAUCGCAGUGAGACACUUGGACAGUUCAUCAAGUCACUGGGUUACUCUGAUGCAUUUCGGGACCAUUAUUUUAUCCCGAUGUGUUCCUCAGUUUGGUCGUGCUCCUCUGAACAAAUGCUCAACUGCUCUGCUUACUGUGUGCUCUCAUUCUGCCGAAACCAUCAUGCCCUUCAAGUGCCUGAUAUGGUUUCCAUGAAGAUGGGCUGAAGGCUGGAAAGGUUGCAGCAAAAGGCUUAUUGGGAUCAAAAUGUGUUCUUCUGGAUGAGAGAAAAAGUAUGACACAUUCCGUAAUGGCCAGGGGAGCAAGCUUAUUGUCACUAGAUUCUUGCAAAGUUAUGUUUCAACAGGUUA